CUGCAAUCUGAUUGGCUGUUGGAAUCCUACAAUUUGAAGAAUCCUGCAAACCUCUUUGGCCUAUGGUCUAUGUUUUCCAAACUGAAACCUUUUGGCGCCUUUCAGCUCCCCCUGAUGUUACUCAGGUAAGGGUGGUCACCCGCUCUGAGACUCAUCUAGAGCUGAAGUGGACCAAAGUCAACAACAACAAGAACUACAACUACACACUGAGAGACAGCAGUGGAGCAAAGAUCAGCAUCACUGGAUCAGAUGCAGAGAACACAGUGAAACACACAGUCUGGUCUCUAUUUCCUGGGACAAAGUACUCUUUCACUCUCUUUACUGUGUUUGAGGGAGUGAGCAGCACAGGAUUUCAGUUUUCAGAGAUUACGGCUCCCUCUGAUGUUACUCAGGUAAAUGUGGUCACCCGCUCUGAGACUCACCUAAUGCUUGAGUGGAACAAAGUCAACAACAACAAGAACUACAAUUACAUACUAAGAAACAGCAAUGGAGCAGAGACCAGCAUUGCUGGAUCAGAUGCAGGGACCAAAGUUAAUGUGGUCAUUCGCUCUGAGACUCAACUACAGCUGGAGUGGACCCAAGUCAACAACAACAGGAACUACAACUACAUACUGAGGGACAGCAAUGGAGCAGAGACUAGCAUCACUGGAUCAGAUGCAGGGGCCACAGUGAAGCACACAGUUCGAUUUCUGCCUCCUGGGACAGAGUACUCAUUCAAUCUCUUCACUGUGUUUGAGGGAGUGAGAAGCACAGGGUAUAAAUUCUCAGAGGUCACAAUUCCCCCUGGUGUUACUCAGGUUAAUGUGGUCAUUCGCUCUGAGACUCAACUACAGCUGGAGUGGACCAAAGUCAACAACAACAGGAACUACAACUACAUACUGAGGGACAGCAAUGGAGCAGAGACCAGCAUCACUGGAUCAGAUGCAGGGGCCACAGUGAAGCACACAGUUCGAUUUCUGCCUCCUGGGACAGAGUACUCCUUCAUUCUCUUCACUGUGUUAGAGGGAGUGAGAAGCACAGGGUAUAAAUUCUCAGAGGUCACAAUCCCAGCAGUGGUGCCCCAUUUGAGUUGUGAGCCUGGAGACUACUCUCUGAGUCUGAAGUGGGUGGAACCAUUUGGUGUGUGGACUGGAGUGGAGGUGAAUGUGAGUGGCAAAAGUUAUGAUUUUGUAUCAGGAACAGAACUGAUAGUGACUGGACUUCAGCCUGCUCAGACCUACAGCAUCAGCGUCACAUCACUCUCUGGACUCAUGAGGAGUUCACCUCUGUGGACCAGCUGUCAAACUGAUUCAACGGUGAUCUGGGUGCCAGUGCUGGUCAUCAUACUGCUGGGCCUCCUGUCUGCUGUAGGGGGGGUUCUACUGUGUCGAAGGAUCAGGAAACCAGUGAUAGCUCAAGAGGAGCCUGUGCAUAAAACUCCUGACCAGUCACAUAUAUAUGUCAACACCAUUGAUCUAUGUCGCCUGGGUUCAAAGAAUAGUUCCCAGCUGGACAAGCAAACCAAGCCACAGUCAGACAAUAUCUAUGAAACUCGUUUCUCAUUUAAUGACAUACUUAGUUAAACCAUAUGUGCUAUGAGAACAUU